UUUUCGCAAACAAAAUGACGGGAUCAGCGUUUAACAUUGACGGUGGCUAUUUAGAAGGAUUGUGUCGUGGUUUUAAAUGUGGAAUUUUAAAACAAUCGGAUUACCUGAACUUGGUUCAGUGUGAAACUCUUGAAGAUUUAAAACUUCAUUUGCAAGGAACUGAUUAUGGGCAAUUUUUGGCCAAUGAGCCAUCACCAUUGUCUGUAUCGGUUAUAGAUGAUAAGCUUCGUGAAAAAUUGGUGAUUGAAUUCCAACAUUUGAGAAACCAUGCCGUCGAACCGUUGUCCACAUUUUUGGAUUUCAUCACGUACAGUUACAUGAUCGAUAACAUCAUUUUAUUGAUCACUGGUACGUUGCAUCAACGUCCAAUUUCUGAAUUGAUUCCAAAAUGUCAUCCGUUGGGCAGUUUCGAGCAGAUGGAAGCCAUUCAUGUGGCUGCCAAUCCAGCUGAGCUGUACAAUGCCGUGUUGGUCGAUACACCAUUGGCCCCAUUCUUUGUUGAUUGCAUUUCCGAACAGGAUUUGGAUGAAAUGAACAUCGAAAUUAUCCGGAACACAUUGUACAAGGCUUAUUUGGAAGCUUUCUACGACUUCUGUAAAGGCAUUGGCGGCACCACGGCCGAUGUGAUGUGCGAAAUUUUGGCUUUUGAAGCCGAUCGUCGUGCCAUCAUCAUUACCAUCAAUUCAUUUGGAACGGAAUUGUCAAAAGAUGACCGUUCGAAAUUGUAUCCACGCUGUGGUAAAAUGAAUCCAGAUGGUUUGGCCGCAUUGGCUCGUGCCGAUGAUUACGAACAGGUGAAGGCCGUCGCUGAAUACUAUGCCGAAUAUGCUGCCCUAUUCGAUGGCUCGGGUAACAAUCCGGGUGACAAAACUUUGGAAGACAAAUUCUUCGAACAUGAGGUCAAAUUGAAUGUGUAUGCAUUCAUUCAACAAUUCCACUUUGGAGUGUUCUAUGCAUACUUGAAGCUAAAGGAACAAGAAUGCCGUAACAUUGUUUGGAUAUCGGAAUGUGUUGCACAGAAACAUCGCGCCAAAAUCGACAAUUAUAUUCCAAUUUUCUAAUCAAAGUAAACGCUUGAUGACGAUAUGCAUGAGAUAAACCAUCAUCAGUUCUACGGCAAAAAUAACAACAACAACAACCACAACAGCAACAAAAUAUCUCACCGAUAGAACAAAAUGCAUGUUCGAUUCAUCGAAAUUGGAGUAAAUUUUUAUUUUUUAGCUUAAAAUCUUUGUGAAUUCGGCUUUAAACAACAAAAAAAUGUGCGCAAACGACAUUCCUCAUUCAUGAAGUUUUAAAAACCAAAACUUAUCACCAGUUCUUGGCAAAAAGUAUUAUUUUAGUCGCAGCUCGCCAGAACUUAUCUAUAUAUAUUGUAUAUUGGAAUCACUGAUCAACUUUUAUUUGUUUUUCCUUCAGUGUAAUUUUUAUUCGCGCCCCCUUUCAAGUGUUAAACAGCACAAAUAGCUCUGUAUAUUGUUUUUUUUCUCUUCUUCAUGUAAAUUAACCUGUUUCAAACAUCAACAACAACAACAACAAAAUACAAAAUCUUAAAAUUAUUACUUCUACAUUGAACUGCUCAUCAGAUUUGCAUUUCGAGAAUUAGAAAACGAAUUGCAUUGAAAAUUGUAAUACCCUCUCUGGUUCAGUUCUAUAUUCAAAGUGUAAAAACAAACAACCAAUUGUAAUUCAUUGUAGAUGUUAAACAAAUAAAGUUUAUUGUGGGAGUUUUAGUUGAA